AUGGAGUCGAAACGGUUGUGGAUGGUUGUUCUGAUAGCGUUCUUUUUAGGAGGGUGGUGUGAUGGGUGCUGGGAGCAAGAAAAAACUGCUCUCUUGCAACUUAACCCUUUCUUUGGUCAAAUUUGGGGGGUGGAAACACAGAGUUCUAAUUGUUGUGAAUGGGAUAGGGUUGAGUGCAACAAUUCCACUGGACGAGUGAUGCGACUUUUCCUUAAUCAUACAUUCACAGAAGAAGUCUGGCAUGAUUUAUCUUAUGGUUAUUACGAUGUUACUGGGAGCCAUGAUUGGUAUCUAAACGCCUCUUUGUUUCUUCCUUUUGAGGAAUUAAACAGUCUUUAUUUAAGUGAAAAUUCCAUCGCUGGUUGUGUUUAUAACGAAGAAUUAAAUGGUUUGAGCAAUUUAGAGGAGCUGUACAUGGGGAAUAACGAAGUGAACGACUUUAUUACAUCCAAAGACAAUGAAACAGAACUAAGGUUAAUAAACCUGGAAGUACUUGACUUGAGUGAGAAUCUCUUCAACAAUAGCAUAUUAUCAUCCCUUGGUAGGCUUUCAAAUCUAAAGUCUUUGCUUUUAGAAGACAACAAUUUGGAAGGAUCAAUAGAUCUUACAGUUUUAAAUGCUUUGAGUAACUUGAAGGAACUGUUUAUAAACUGCAGACCCACCGAAGGUUUAAGAAAUAAGGCUUGUAGCCUUUUAUCAAAAUCACCGGGCGUGUUCCUACCGUCUUUGAAGACUCUAUUUUUGGCAGGAUUUGGUUUUAACGGAACAAUGACUACCCAAAAAUUGCAUAAUUUUAGAAACUUGGAAGAGUUGAUCUUGCAAGAUUCUUUUCUCCAAACCAACUUUCUGCGAAACUUUGGAGAACUUACUUCCCUAAAGCGUUUGCGAUUGUAUUUUUGUGAGAUCAAUGAUAGUGGAAGCCUAACUCCUCCUCAAGGAUUCUGUGAAUUGACAAAUCUCCAAGAGUUGGACAUCAGCAACAAUAAUCUAAAGGGUUAUUUGCCCGAGUGCUUCUCCAAUCUCACAUCUCUUGAAAGAUUAGAUCUAUCUUACAAUCAGUUUUAUGGAAAUAUAUCUGCCCUAGAUAGUCUAACAAAUCUCCAAGAGUUGGACAUCAGCAACAAUAAUCUAAAGGGUUAUUUGCCCGAGUGCUUCUCCAAUCUCACAUCUCUUGAAAGAUUAGAUCUAUCUUACAAUCAGUUUUAUGGAAAUAUAUCUGCCCUAGAUAGUCUAACAUCCCUUGAAAGUUUAUUUCUCUCUUCUAAUCAAAUUUCUGGAAAUAUAUAUGCCUUCAAGAAUCUAACAUCCCUGAAAAGUUUAGAUUUAUCUUCCAAUCAAUUUUUUGGAAAUAUAUCUGCCUUUGAUAGUCUAACAUCCCUCCAAAUGUUGGAUAUCGCAAACAAUUACUUUGAGAUCCCAAGCUCAUUAGGACCCUUCUUCAACCUUUCGAAGCUCAAGUACUUCUAUGCGGACAACAAUACCAUAUAUGCUGAAACCGAGAUGCAUUGUUUGCCCCCAACAUUCCAACUGAAAGAGAUUCGCAUGGCUUCUUGUCGAAAUGGCGGAUCAUUUCCUCAAUUCCUCUAUCAUCAGCAAGAGUUACAGAUUGUUGAUCUCUCUAACGUCUAUUUCAAGGGAGAUCAGUUCCCAAAUUGGUUGUUGAAAAACAACACAAAACUAGCUAGGCUAUUCCUCGCCAAUAGCUCUCUAUCGGGACCUUUUCAGCUACCACUCCCUUCAUAUUUGGGUUUAUCAUAUUUAGAUAUCUCCAACAAUUUCUUCAAUGGCAGCAUUCCAGUAGAAAUUGGAGCGCAACUACCAUCGUUGAGAUUUCUGAACAUGUCAAAAAAAUCAUUUUGA